AUGGGGCAGAAGGGGCGUCGCCGCCAAAACCUAGCCCAGAAUGGGGUGAAUAGAAGAAAGGACUCUCUCUAUCAACAAGUUGGCGAUGGCGAUUCUCAAAAUGGCGAAACAUUGACAUAUUCAAUGCCAUACCUUCCAGAGGACAUCUGGCAUCGUAUACAUUCCCUAAUGCCAAUGCGUGAUGCUGCUCGUGCUGCUUGCCUUUCUCGCGCCUUUCUACAUUCCUGGAGGUGUCAUCCCAACCUCGCCUUGGACUGGCAAACGCUUUGCUCCAAGUCCAAGGGAGGUGGAGCAAAUUUUAGCCGCAAAAUUGACAGCAUAAUUAGAAACCACUCAGGAUUUGGCUUGAAGAGAUUGAAGCUUGAUAUAUUUGAUGAUGACCGUACCUUGCCUUAUAUCGACAGUUGGCUCCAGUUUGCUGUCACACCAGGGAUUGAGGAGCUCACCCUUGUACUAUAUAAAAAGUACAACUUCCCAUGCUCACUUCUAUCUGAUGGAGUUAGAAACUCAAUUCGGUAUCUUGAACUUCGCCGUAGUGCCUUCCGUCCCAUGGCUGAACUUGGCCCCUUGAGAAGCCUAACAAGUCUGCAUCUGUGUUCCGUGCGUAUUACUGGGGAUGAAGUAGGGUGCUUUCUUUCCAACUCCCCUGCUUUGGAGCAGUUGGAACUUUAUGAUUGCAAGGAGAUAAUUUUUCUGAAGAUACCUUGCAUGCUGCAGCGGCUCAGGUGCCUGAGUGUUUUUUCAUGCUGGAUGCUUCAAUUGAUAGAGUGCAAAGCUCCAAAUCUCUCCAGUAUUUACGCUAGUGGAGAAAAUAUAAAACUCUCACUCUCAGAAGCAUUGUGCAUGAAGGAGUUGUGCAUGUGCUUUCCCAACGUCAUCAGUUAUGCUCUUGCUGAGCUGCCGUCCAUUAUGCCAAAUCUUGAGACUCUUGAAAUAGGUUCAGAGGAUGAGGUGGUUAAUACACCAAUGCUGCCUACCAAAUUCAUCCACCUCAAGCACCUGAAUAUUCAAAUUACAGAAUCCGAUGAUUAUUUUCACCUGGCUUCUUUCUUGGAUGCAUCUCCUUCCUUGGAGACUUUGUUCUUGGAUGUAUCUAAGGAUAAGGAAUAUGUGGAUCGUGAAUCAGUUUUUGGAGGUUCCUCACUACAUUUGAGGCAGCUGCCCGAAGACCGCCAUGUCUGCCUCAAACUCAAACGUGUGGAGAUCAUAGGGUUCAGCUCUGCAAAGAGCUUGAUUGAGCUCACACGUUGCAUUGUCAAGAAGGCAGUCUCACUUGAGCUGCUUGUGUUGGACACCCUUGAUGGUAGUGAUAGGUGUUGUGGUGAAUAUAAGUGUAGGCCCAUUGGCAAGACUGUUCUCGAGGAAAAUAAGUGUAGGCCCAUUAGCGAGACUGUUUUCAAGGAAGCCUCUAGAGCGGUCGUGGCUGUAAGAAGGUUCAUUGAGGAUCAAGUCCCGCCUACAGCUAAGCUGAGUGUCCUGGAGCCAUGCACACGGUGUCAUUCGAGUCAUGAGCUUGCAGCCGGUGAUAUGGCGGUGGAGGGUGGUUGA